GCUUGAAGCAGCGGUGACUGAAUAUUCACAACCUGUGCACUGGAGAAGUGAUUUGGCUUUAGUUGUUUCAUAUAGGAUAUUUGGGAAACCAUGCAGACUGUACUGUUCCUGUUCCCACAGCUUAACCUAUCAGCUCCUAAAGAAGAGCCUUAUAGGAUCAUCAAGCAGGAAAAUCAAGAGGAGAAAAGCGAGAAUAAGAACAGACUUAAGGAGAAACGGAAUCGGUUAAGCCUCCUCCUGCAGAAGGCAGAAUCACGUGAAAUCUUCAUACCGUUCCCCAGUAAACCUGAAAAAACAAAUGCACCUCUUGAUGAGCCAUCAAAAUGGGGUGAAUCUCUAGACCAGCUCCUAGCGCAUAAGUCUGGCUUAGGUCUCUUUCGAGCUUUCUUAGAAUCGGAGUACAGUGAGGAGAACAUCGAAUUCUGGAUGGCCUGUGAAGACUACAAGAAAACCAAGUCACCUGCAAAACUGGCCUCCAAAGCAAAGAAAAUUUAUUCGGAUUUCAUAGAAACUGAUGCCCCAAAAGAGGUGAACAUUGAUUUUCAUACCAAAGAGGUGACUAAGAAGAACAUUCUUCAAUCCACCUUGUCUUGUUUUGACCUGGCACAGAGGAAAGUGCACACCCUAAUGGAGAAGGACUCUUACCCCAGAUUCCUCAAAUCACAGCUCUACAAAGGUUUGUUAAAGCAGACACAGGUUGAGAAUAAUGGAUACAGACGACGAUCCCAGUCCUUCACAGCAACAACAGGUCUCCUUCAAACACAGGCAGAGUUCACUGCCUGGCUUUAAAAGGACAGAAAAGUGAUUUAUAUUUAAAAGACGCUAUUUGUGAUGUGUUGGAAUCAAGCUUCUUCCAGCAGCCUCCCCUGGGCUCCAUACCAACACCUCCUCCCCAGUGCCCCCCCAAUCAAAAUUUACCUGGGAAUGCUCAUCACUUACGGGACCUGAAGUUUUUAUAUUGGAUCAUUAAAGAACAUUUCAGUGAAUCAUGCAUCUAUUUAAAAAAAAAUGUACUGUUAAUUUAAGUUUGAGAUACUAAUAUGUAAAUCAACUGUAAAUCUUAACCUUAAAACCUAUGUGUAUAAAUUAUUUUUUUUUGUGAUAAAGUAUUUAAUAUGUUGUACUAUCCUAUCCAUGGAUCCUGUGUGUGUCCAUUAUCUAGUACAGUGUCGAUGAAAGAGUCAAUAGACUGAUGUUGUUAACUUUCAUUAAAUGGAAAAUAUAUUUU